AUGCGGUCCCUUUCUGCGGCCGUCGUGCUGCCCCUGGUGCUCCUCGGUCAACUUUCCCAGGCACAGACAGAGGUGAUCACCAGUACCGAAGUCUCCUGUACAACCGAGUCGGUCAAUCUAUUCAUCAAUCCGUCCUUCGAGACAGGCUCCACCAGCCCUUGGAAUCGGUUGACCAAUCCCAUCUCGGUCAUCAGCGACAACUCGGACGACGGGGAGUACGCGCUGCAGAUCAGCUACACUGGAAGCCCGAACUAUGCGGUGUCGCAGACGGUGACAGGUCUCGACGUGGGCACGACCUAUACCUUCUCUUAUGACUACAAGAUCAGCCAGUUGGUCGGACCUCAGGGGACGGCUACUUGCACAUUCUAUGUCGCGCACGAUGUCACUUCCAUACUCGGAUAUGCUACUGGAUCAUACUCGCCGUCCGUUCCUCCCACCUGGAAGACCCUGUCAGGGACGCUCACGGCCACCUCGUCUUCGCACACAUUCACCAUGUGGGCGUUCUGCAGCCUCUAUAAUGUCUAUCAUCCAUACAUCGAGUUUGACAACGCCAAGCUCCUGGGUCCUGCGCAGGAGACCUGCUCGACCGUGACCGUCAGCUCGACUGUCACGAUCACGCCGAGCUCGACGCCGGUCUUUACCCCGACUCCUUCUAGCAGUGCCGUGAUUACGGCGUCCUCUUCAAGUGAGGGCCUUCCUUCAUCGUCGUCGGCGAUUCCGUCCACCCCUGUGGUGGCUUCACCGUCUGUGACCCCGGUGCAGACUCCAAGUGCCACCCCUUCAAGCUCACCGACGGGCAGCGUGCCAGCGUCCUCGGUCAUCCCGGUGCCUGUGGUUUCUUCUCCUGUGGCAUCUCCAUCCUCAUCGGCUGUGCUAGUGACUUCCUCCGGCGUCAUUCCGUCUCGUUCUGCCAUCCCUCUGCCUUCACCUGGAAGCUCUUCUCCUGUGUUGUCAUUCUCUACUAUCCCGGUCUCGGUACCCACUUCAACCCCAUCAUCAUCUGUUCCACCAUCGAGCAGCGCCAGACCGAGUUCUUUCAGUCCUGGGCCAGCAUCGCCGUCCUCGUUACCCACGCCGUCCGCCAGUCUUUCACCCACAUCCCAGGCUUCUUCCGCCCCUGUUGUGACGUCCCAAAGCUCCUCGGUGUUGCCCGCCUCGAGCUCAUCCUCGUCGAGCCUUCCUCAGACUGCGCCCUCAUCCAGCGUAGCAUCCUCUCCAGUCUCAUUGUCCAGUGGGCUCCCAACAGGAUCGAAUCUUUCAUCCGCUCCAACUGCCGUUCCAACCUCAUCCGCCGCAGUAUCUGAGCAGUCGUCUGCAGUUCCUACUUCUGUGCCUCAGUUCACCACAUCGACUAUCCUGACCACCCGAACUGCUACGGUGACUGCGUGCCCGUCCACUGUCCCCGACUGUCCUGCGUCAGCCAGAAGCACCUUUCUGACCACCGAGACCAUUGUGGUUGCAACGACUAUCUGUCCAGUCACCGAGGCCAUCACGUCCGCCACCCCUACGGCUGAUGUGCACCCAACAUCACUCGGGGAAUCGACCACCUCUACUAUCUUCACCACUCGCACUGCUACAAUUACCGCGUGUCCGUCCAGUCUGACCGACUGUCCCGCGUCCCAUAAGAGCACAUAUACCACCACGGAAACAGUCUUGGUCUCCACCACCAUUUGUCCCGUUACCGCUGCUGAGCGACCUACAAUCACGGGAGUCCCCGGAUCCGCCACAACCGCUGGCUCACCCGCCUCGCCAGGAGGGGAUUCUGGUGAUGUGACCACCUCGACCGUCUUGACCACCCGUACUGCCACUGUCACGGCGUGCCCGUCAACGGUCGCCAAUUGCCCCGCGACGGCAAAGAGCACGUUUGUCACUACAGAAACUCUAGUCGCUUCUACCGUUGUGCUCACAGUCGAGAGGACAGCAACUCCUACCGCUGUCCCCACGAUCCCUGGCGCGGGAGUUUCUGGUGCCGCCUCUGGACCUCAUGGCUCGUUGACUUUCGAGUCUGGCUCUACCAGUGAGCAAGAUGCGGGCCGUGGAUCAAGCCCGGGCUCCACCGGCUCUGACACUGCUGUUGGAGCGCAAUCCGGCCUCGAUACUGGAGCUAGUGCACACGAAUCCGCUUACAGCACUACCGGCUCUGCAUCAUCCGGUGGAAAGGAUGUCGCUGCUUUGGGGGGUCAUGGUGAUGCCCCGAACUACACCCACACCUUGCCUUCAAGCACUCCAACGAGCCUCCAGACAUCGACCUCAUCCAGGCCCUCUGGUGUGGCUUCAACAGGUUCCAACACAGCCACUCUUUCUACGUCUUCUCAACCCAGUGGUUCUGUCACUGUGACGGAUACCGCGGCAUCAGCACUCUUUACCGGCUCUGCAUCGCCUACAGCGACAGGAUCUUCCUUCGGUCUCCUAUUCGUAGCAAUUGCUACCUUGAUCCCUUUCCUUUUCUUCAGUUCGAUAUGA